GAUAUAUUCAUCUCUAUCGGUAACCUUAUUAGAGCAUGUCAGCUUUCUAACGAAUCAGGAAACUACGGUAUUCUUAACAUUGAUCUUAAUACUGUGUUCAACAUAAAGUCGAUGGUGUUGAACCCAUCUGGGACCAUGCUUGCGGCAGUAGGUGAUUCAUCAAUUUGUUUAUUUACUUUACCUCAAACCAUCGAUAACAACCUUGUUAACCAAAGUCAUAUUUAUGGAAUAGAGGGCCUCGAAGGAAGUAAGAUCAAGAAGGUUUUAUGGCAUCCUGCAAUGCCAUUGGACGCAGGAUUAGUCAUUUUGACCGAAGACUCUCGUAUCAUAUUGUAUAAUGUCACAACAUCCACCGAAGUUCCACAAUUAUCAAUUGAUUUGAAAAAAUUUCUGAAUUUUAAAAGUCAAGCUAGUUCGAUUUCUUUUGGUUCUGCCGACAACUUAGCCGGGUACUUGACUCUCUAUGUCGCUUCGACUAAUGGUGAUAUUUUUGCAAUUUAUCCCUUUUUAGCAGAGAAAGGAAAAGUCAGAUGUACUCAUCAACAAGUUGAGCAGUUGCAUGAAAAUGCUUCGAAGAUAUUAGGCACAAUCAAUAAUAAAUUUCCUUCUACCAGUAUUAUGGAAGUUGCUACAGACACUGGCUUGAAAGCUCGUGCUAUAAAACAUUAUCAAUAUAUUUCACACAUGAAGAAAGCAGCUGAUAAAGUCAUGAAGUUGGAGGAUUCAAACCCGGGCUUCACUCCUAUAAUCGAAGUCAAUCAAAAGGGUGACGACGUUAGCCUUCAAGGGCCAUUGAAUAUCGCGGGAGCCGAAAACAUACCAGAAGCAGAACGCAAGCCUAGCAUUAUUGAUUUAAUAGAAAUCUCCAGUAAUGAUGAUACAAUAUUUCUCUCUGCUUUAUGUUCGAAUAGUUCUGGUGAAACUUUCGUUCGUUAUUUCAUCCAAGACUCCCCUCUCAUGAUGAGUUGGAAAUCCGAUGAAGAAGACGAGGAAGAACUUGUUCAAGCUGAAGAAGAAAAAGCCAAAGCGUCCCUUGAAAACAAGAAUAAGCUUGGUUAUGCUAAACCUAAGAGAGGUUUUGGAUUUGUUGCCAUUCCCGAAUCGAGUGGUACUAGAAAUCACGACUCGAAAGAAGAGAACGCAUUAACUAAGUUCGAUAAAAAGCUAAACGAAAAGAAAUUCGUUGAAGAGUCUUUAUUAUCCUUAAAGAUUGCUGGUCAUGAUAAUAUUGGUAAUUUUACAAAAGAGUUAAAGGGUUGUUUUAGAAAACUUUCUAAUGAUGCAUCCAAAAUAGCUAUAAUUUCUGGUGACAAAGUGCUUUUCAUAGAUACUCAAGCUUGGAGUGAUAAGAUUCUCGAGGCUCAGUCAAGUGAUAUUGAUUUCAUCCAGUAUGAUAAAUUCAACUCCAAACAUCCUAAUCCCAAAGUACUACUAUUAACUGAUAACACUACUAAUACAGGAGAUUUCCUCGUUUUAUUCUAUAAUUACAGAAUUAGUAUUGAAAUCAGAAAGCUCGGAAAAGAAGAGAAAAAGAAGGAAGAAGAAAAGAAGGAAGAAGAAAAGAAGGAAGAAGAAAAGAAGGAAGAAGAAAAGAAGGAAAUCAAAAAUCCGCAAUUACAUAUGCAGAAGGUUAUUUAUCCUUCUAAUAUUUCCCUAGUCAUAUUGACGAAAAAAUUGAAUUCGGAAGAUACUCAAGUUUUACAAAGUAUGAACGAUGCUUCUCGCUUUUUCUUACAACUGGUUCAAGUAUUUUCCAAAGCAAUUUUUGGUGUUACGUCCAGACUUGAGUUGCAAACAAGUGAUUUAAGACAACAAAUUGAAACUCUCAAUGAAGAUAACAAAAAGAUUGAAAAACAAGAAUAUUAUGAGACAAAUGAAAAACGAAUUGAAGAAUUGAAAAAGAAACAAAAGACUAUCAAUGAGAAACAAGAGGCUUUAAAGAAAAAGCUCAUAGAUUCAAUACAUAGACUUAGAAACAAAAGUUCAUCCCCACUUUCAAAAGAAGAAAGGUUUUGGUUUAAAGAAAUCAAUUCAUUGAACAUUAAGAUAAACAAAGACAACUCAGAAGACCUCAGCUUGAUGGAUAAGGUCAAAUCUCUCAACGGACAAUUGGAAUCGGUUAAGGCCCAACAAAGUGGAGAAACUAAACUGGAGACAGAGGAUGAUGAAUUGAGUAGAAGACUUCAAAGAUUACGCUUAAGUCAGGAUCUCACUAAGCUCAAAACGUGGUUACAAGAAGAAGGAAAAUUAAUUGAUGUAGCAAGACACAAACUUGACGAUCACAUUAGUAAGAUCAAGGUGUAAUUGUGAAAUAGCAUUUUCUCUUUUUUUAAGUUUGAUUAAAAUUGUGUAAACUAAUGAUAAAAGG